AUGCCUGAUGACGCCGAUGUUGAACCAGAUGAGGAAUGGAAGAGCAGGCUGAGGAACAAAAUCGAGGAAAACCUGGCGUCCAUGGUCAAGGAGGCCAAGGAUAGCCGCGACAACCAGCUCCGUGAGGCUCCCGUCAGCGCAGAAGACCGCGAGCGUUUGACCGCGGAAUACAAAACCGCCAUGAACAACAUUCGGCAACUUGCUGCAGAGCAAUUCCAGAUUGAACUUGACCGCGAACGCCAGGAGCGGCGCUGGGCAUCGGGUAUUCCGAUGAACCCGCAUUGGACAGAAGCGUUGAAGCAGGAGCAACAGACGAUCAUGGACGGGAUUAAACGGGGUGGAAGUACGCAGCCUGGAUCGGGUAUGAUAGCUGAGAGCCCGGUUGAGGAGUUACCACGUCCGCGGCUUCCUGGUGCGAGGACCAUGUCAAACCAUGAUCCUCCACCAUCAUUACCUCAGCCGCCGGCGCAACAGGAGAAAGCAGCUAAAGCAGAGCGGGAUAGGGAAAGAGUAGCACGGCCUAUUGUCCCUGUGCCCCCUCAGCCUGUUGCUGCCCGCCGUGGCUCUGACGCACACAGUGCUCCCUCUCGUGAUCGUGAGGACCACUUUCACAGUCUUCGAAAAGCGGCAGGUCAUGGAGCUCUCCACGAAAGACCAUCUUUACCAGAUACUUGGGCGACUCCAGAAGCCACUGAGGAAUCCGAGGACCUACUCAAAAGACCUCGAAGACCCACUUUGGAGAGACCCAACACCGUUGAUAAAUGGGAUCCAUCAUCGCCCUUGUCAGCAACCAGGACGCCAGAUCGCGAACGUUCGCAACGUUCUGUAUCUGAGCGCCAUACCGCUCAUUCACCUCCAAAUUCCAUUCCUGCGAUAUGGAAACCCUCUAUCUCUCCAGAGGAGGAUGCUGCGGCAUCUAAACCUUACAAUCUGGGUCGUCGAGGUAGCACGGCCAGCAUGCGAUCUAUUGGCUCAGCUACUGGAAUCAGGCCUCCAGCCACCGAGCCAAUUCCAGAAAAACCUGACGAUGACGCAAUCCACGAGGGCGGUAACGACAGAGGGAAGGGACCAAUGAAAGAAUCAGAUAAGCCUUGGAUUUCGCCGCCGGAAAGGAAGGAAUCUGGCCUCCAUCGCAGUGAUAGUCGCUCGUAUCCUGUUCCUGGUGAACGUGACGACCGUGCAGGUAUGGCCACCAGGAGAACUUCGCCAAUUCCGUAUCCUGCUCCAUCAUCCACGGCUAGACCCAUCGUCUCUAAGGCAUCCUUCAAUGAUGAUCACCGUUAUGAGCGACCCAAAGCACAAUACCUUGCCGACCGUGAUCAACCCUCUCCACUAUCAGCUGGUCCACUAUCAGCUGGUCCACGAUCAGCAAAAUACGAUAGGGACUUGCCCCAUCCCUCUGCUGGAGCACGGCCAAUUGCACAUACCUUUCCACAUGGAGAAGACAGGGACUACUCGCCCUCUCCUCCAUACCGUGAUCAUAAUCCUCAUCAACAUCGUUCUUCUCCUCCAGAUUCCGCUGGCUUUGAGGAGAGAGGCAUCGCGCCCAAGCAUUCGUUCUCUAAUGAGGACUAUCAGGAUGCACGCAGGGACAGAGAACCCACCAGAACGGGAUCAAGAGAAUAUUUGCACAACGAUUCUUUCGAUGACCGCGAGAGAUUGGACCGGCAUCGGACUCCGGAUGAAUCAGAUCACCGUUCGAUGCGUGCUCGCCAGGGCUCGUAUUCUUCGAGGCCGCCGUGGGAUGAAACUGAAAGAGAUAGACGCUAUGACGAUUACUCUGCUCGCAGUCAUCAUGGUGGUCCCUCAACCACCAAGCCCAUAACCGUUCCUCGGCAUCACGCGCCACCUCCCCUUAGUGAAGAGGUUUCCAGCUGGAAAGAUUGGGCAGGCAUACCCGAAGGUCGACGUGGUUACGACCCAAACUUCCGCCCACCUCAGCUACCUCCAAUACCCGGCCCAGUUAUCGCACCACACUCUGCCGAUCCCAUCCUCCCUCGACGCCGAGACUCUUAUCGUUCAACUCCUCAUUCAGCUCGAUACCACGACGAACCUGCCUCACAUAGCCGCCGCCAUCGCCCUUAUGAUGAUGAUGAGCUGGAGGAGGACUAUGGAGAUGAGCCAGGGCCUCCUAAAGACAAUUUUCUUAGUCAUGCUCCUAUGAGAGUGCCCUCUGCCUCUCGACGGAAAGACCGGAAAACACAAGAGGAGGAAGAAGAGGAGAUGCUGAGACGGCUGGAAGCGGAAAAACAGAGGGUGCUAGAAGAGAGGGAAAGAAGAAAGCAGCUGGAACUGGAGGCGGGAAAACUGAAACGCGAGACGACCGAUGAGGAAGACGAGACGGAUGAGACAGACGAUGACGAGGAGGAGAAGCAGAGGCAGGAAGAGGAAGAGACAAGGAAGAGAGCAGAGGAGCAGAAACGGGUGGAAGAAGAGAAACAGAAACUUGAAGAAGAAAGAAAACAAGUGGAGGAGGAGAAGAGGAAGGUCGAGGAAGAGAAGAAGAAGAUGGAGGACGAGAAGAAGAAGAUCGAUGACGAGAAGAGGAAGGCGGAGCAGGAGGAGGCCAAACGACUCAAGGAUAAGAAGAAAGAGGAGAAGAAGCAAACGGAAGAGAAGAGGAAGGCGGAGGCGGCGUUGAAGCUGUUAGAGGCCGAGAGCAGAAAGAGGCAGGAGGAGGCGGAGCGACUGGAGGAACAAAUUCGCGAUAAGAUGGCGGAGGCUGAGAGGCUGGAGAAAGAAGCGCUGGAGAAGGAGGCUAUAGCCAAGAGGUUGCAAGAGGAGGCUCAGGCGAAAGCGGCCAAGGUCAAUCAGAUGAACACAUUGGCGAAAAAGAGGGAAGCGGAAAUGAGGCAGCGAGAGCACGCACUUCGGCAACGCGAGAAUGAACUUUCUCGACGCGAAGAAGAGUACAGUCGUCGCGAGGAGGAGAUGCGUGCACAGGAGGAGCGGGAGAACGAAGAAAAAGAGCGUAUCCGGCUUGAGGAGGAGGAGAAGGAACGCGUCCGGUUGGAGAACGAGGAGAAGGAGCGAGUUCAAGCUGAAGAGGCUGCGAAGGCACGUGAAGCAGAGCGGAAAGAACGACUCCGCCAGUUGGAAGACGAGCGACAAGCAAAAUUCCAACGGGAACAAGCCCAAGCUCAGCUGGAGGACGCUCGGAGGAGAGAAGCUCAGAGACGGGAAGAAGCCAAUCGGAUAGUCAGGGAACGUCAGGCGGAAGAGGAUCGAGUCAGAAAUGAGCAGCAAGAGGAAUUCCGUAGACGCGAGGAAGAAAUCAAACGCCGUUCUGAAGAGCGCAAGAGACAGGACAGUAUUGGUGCAGAAGGUAUCUGGCCUGCUCCUUCUCCCUCUCCAUCAACCUCGCGAUCUCCACCUCAGCGAAACGGUUCAGUGAAUACACCUGCUGGAGAUCGGACUAGCAAUGGUAGUUCUUCGGCUUGGAGCGCCUCGUCCUCAAACUGGUCCUCGUCCACCAAGGCGACGACUGCCUCGAAUACAUCUGCCUCGAGUAACACUGUCCCGAACCGUGCAACACCUGUUCCUAGCAAUAACAAACCAAGAGCCGGUUCUGUUGGUUCUGGAGGCACGUUUUCCUUUGGCACCCCGCCCCAGCCCACACCUACGCCCAUGUCCGAGGCAGACUGGCAACGUCGACAAGCGGAACAAGCGCGGAAGCAACAGGAGCAAUUCCGGAAGGAACAGGAGAGGUUGGAGGCGGAGAGACAAGCAAAGGCGGGCGGAAGACAGUUGACCAGAGAUGAAGUUAUUUGGCUGUUUGAAAACCAUGAGAAGCUCUGGGCCAGUUUGCCUUCAAGUGACGCUGUAUGGAACGAUUUCCCGUGGCCCAUGAUCAAGAAACCCUCCGAGCCUGAAGAGAUAACGCUCCCCGCGAUCAGAGCAUACAUCGAGUCCCCUUAUUACCCCGAGAAAGACAAAUCGAAGACAGUCAAAGAUCGUGUCAAGGAUCACAUCAAGAGGUGGCAUCCGGACCGAUUCAAUACGAAACUUCUGACAAAGGUCAGGGAGGAGGAUAAGGAGAAAGUGAAGGAAGGAGCUGGUAAUGUGGUCAGGUGUCUCAACGAACUUUUGGCGAAGACCAACGGCCCUCUGUUUGACUGAAUAUUGUAACUGGAGGAUGGAGCGGAUUCCCUCUCGAUAUGUAUAUAUACCCCACUCACUUGUACGACUAUAUCUAACCACGGGAAUUGGAAUACAUCUUGUGUCGAACUU